GUGGAGCAGCAGCCCUGAGGUGCUGGGAGAGCUGCAGGUGUGUAGUGGGCGGAGCCAGCAGCUUGUUGCUGUCUCGCACUGAGAGGAUGGUGUGCAUCACUGCCGCUGUGCAUGCUGGGAAGGAGUAGACCAGGUAAAGCUCCGGUUAUUCGGAGGCGCUGGUGAAUAAUUACCAAACCCUCUUACUGUAUGUAUGGCGUUUUAUGACAUAUAGAAGAUGGGGUUGUUGGGCUGUUGUGGGAAUAUUUGAGUCGUAGUUCCCUUUAAACGUCGAAUUAUCAGGUUUCUUCGACGCCACGGUGUUUCUGUCAGCAUCUUGGAGAACCUGCCACUGUUCUUCAGGCGACUCUGGUUGUCACACUUCUGUUUCUGCAGGACUGAGUUAAGCCAGAGCCAUGCUGUCAGCGGAGGAGAUCUUGAGCAGCACAAGGCAGGUGAUCGCAGGAUUGGAGGCUCUGCGUGGGGAGAACCGCACUCUGCUGGACAACCUGCAGGAGACGCUGCUGAGCCGGACAACCAGUGAGAGCAACAGCCUAGAGGAGGAGAAGAGUGGCAUCAUUUUACAGUCCCUGGAGAGAAUCGAACUGGGAUUAGGUGAAGCACAGAUGAUGAUGGCUCUGUCGGCGCACCUGGGUUCUCUGGAGGCAGAGAAACAGAAACUGCGUGCUCAGGUGAGGCGGCUGUGCCAGGAGAACCAAUGGCUGCGAGAUGAGCUGGCUGCAGCUCAGCAGAAGCUGCAAGAGCGCGAGCAGGAAGUGGUGACGCUGGAGGAGCAGAACAAACACCUGCAGUUUAUGAGUAGCAUUCGCAAGUACGACCAGGACGAGCUCACACUGGUGAGAACUGGAACCAACAGAAACGAAAGCAUUACAGAGGAUAAAGACAGUUCCUCAGUUAAGGUGUCCCUUGAUGAUCUCUUUCCUACUGAUGAAGAAGAGCAAACACAAAUAUCUCAGUCACACAGCAGUGCUGUAACUGCAGCCCACCAGGCAGGGUAUGAGAUCCCUGCCAGACUUAGAACCCUACACAACCUGGUGAUUCAGUAUGCCUCUCAGGGCCGCUACGAGGUAGCUGUUCCUCUUUGCAAACAGGCCCUGGAGGACCUGGAGAAAACCUCUGGGCACAGCCAUCCAGAUGUUGCCACUAUGCUAAACAUCUUGGCUCUUGUGUACAGGGACCAGAAUAAAUAUAAAGAAGCUGCCACUCUGCUGAAUGAUGCAUUGACAAUACGUGAGGAGACGCUUGGCAUGGACCACCCAGCAGUCGCAGCUACUCUGAAUAAUCUGGCUGUGCUCUAUGGUAAAAGAGGGAAGUAUAAAGAAGCAGAGCCUCUGUGCAAGAGAGCACUGGAGAUCAGGGAAAAGGUGUUGGGGAAAGACCACCCUGAUGUAGCGAAGCAGCUCAAUAAUCUGGCUUUGCUAUGCCAGAACCAGGGCAAGUACCAGGAGGUGGAGGACUACUAUGAGAGAGCCCUACAAAUUUACCAGAAUCGGCUGGGCCCAGAUGAUGCCAAUGUGGCCAAAACUAAAAAUAAUCUGGCCUCAUGCUACCUCAAGCAGGGGAAGUACAGGCAAGCUGAAGCUCUGUAUAAAGAGAUCCUGACACGUGCUCAUGAGAAGGAGUUCGGAUCAGUGGAGGGAGAUGGAAGACCAGUUUGGGUACACACCACAGAGGGAAGCUCUAGACAGGAAAGCUUGAAACGCAGUGGUUCUUUUACAAAGCUCCGGGAAUCUUUGAGGCGGAGUAGUGAAAAGCUGGUUAAGAAGCUAAAAGGGGCUGGAACGCAAGAAACAGUGCCUCGCAAUCCUGGAAUGAAAAGGGCAAACUCCCUCAAUGUGCUGAAUGUAGGAAUAAGGGAGAGUCAGGACGCUGUAAGGAAUCUCAACAGGCUGACAGACAGCCGUGCUCUCAGCUCCAGCACUCAGAGUUUAGCCCGCCGGAGUUCUUUAAGUGGAGAAGGUUAAUCUUUCCUAGCCAAGGUCCUGCUCCUGUCUCAAUAUGGCUGCAUAAAUCAUGUUUAUAACCAACAAAGUAUUUAUCUCAAAUGAAGAUUAAGUGGACCACACUAAACUGGAGCUAACUAAAGAUUCCUCAGAGGAAGCAGAUGGAAUAUACGACACUUUAUAAGACAAAAGACACGGCAAGUCAUUUCUUUCUGACCCUGCAAGCCUGUUGCACUGUAACAUAUUACAUGCAGCUGUAUCUUAAUUAUUACUUAAUUAAUACAGGUAAGCAUUAGAGAUAUUUCUAUUUAUAUGGCACAUUCUAUGGCCUGCAUUCCAAAGUAAAAUGAAAUGUUCAUGUUAAAACUAAUAUUUAGCAAUCUCAUUGUGAAACAAGAGACUUCAGAAUCCAAUGUUACUCAAAGCUAGUGUUUUUUUUUAGUGGUACAAACAUCCUAACUAUAAACUGGUUUUACAUUUUAUUGCUGUAAUCUAAUACAUUUAUACACUUAAACAAUUAAUGUACAGACUCAGUAUGGUAAUGCUAUAGAACAAAAUAAAACUUUCAUCUGUCAUUCACAA